CCCACAAUGCACAGCCGAGCCCGCGGGAAACCAAAAUGGCGACGGUGUGAGUGGAGCUGGUGUUGAGUGAGAGUGAGAGAAACGGCUCCGAUGAGAGGGGUAGCCUCGUACAGCUCUGCAUGCUUUUAAAUAGACAGGUGUGAUUUCACUACAGUGGCCGAAUGAGCUGAUGAUGCCAUUUUCCUGAUGGACAGAGACGGAACGGGAGUAGGUAACUCAUCUCUCCACAAACUAUCUCCCUCCCAUCGUAACCUGAAGACGCCAGUGUCCUCGGUUCACUUGUCAUUACAAGAUGGAUCAAAAGGAAAAAGACCAGUAUGCAAGUUUGAAGAAGGUCAGGAUGUCCUAGCCAGAUGGUCAGAUGGCUUGUUUUAUCUUGGAACAGUCAAAAAGGUAAACAAACAGAAAGAGAGCUGCUUUGUCAUCUUUGAAGACAGUUCAAAAUCUUGGGUCUUGUGGAAAGACAUACAGACUGGAGCCUGUGGAGGUGGAGAGAUGGUUUGCACAAUAUGCCAGGAGGAGUGCUCUGAAGUACCCAAUGAAAUGGUUAUCUGUGACAAGUGUGGACAAGGUUAUCAUCAGAAAUGUCACAUGCCUAACAUAGAUUCAAGUGUGAUUGCCUCGGAUGCUAAGUGGUUGUGCCGUCAGUGUGUCUUUGCCACUACCACAAAGAGGGGCGGAGCUCUUAAGAAGGGACCAAAUGCCAAAGCUCUGCAAGUCAUGAAGCAGACAUUGCCAUAUCAGUUGGAAGAUCUUCAGUGGGAUGCAGGCCAUAAAACAAAUCAUGAGCAGUGUUAUUGUUACUGUGGAGGCCCUGGGGAUUGGUACCUGAAAAUGCUGCAAUGUUGGAGGUGUAAACAGUGGUUCCACGAAGCCUGUAUACAAUGCUUGCAGAAGCCCAUGCUUUAUGGAGACAGGUUCUAUUUAUUUAUUUGUUCUGUUUGCAAUUCUGGACCAGAAUACCUCAAACGUCUACCGUUACGAUGGGUUGACAUAGCACACUUAAGCCUUUAUAACCUAAGUGUUAUUCACAAAAAGAAGUAUUUUGAUUCUGAGCUUGAAUUGAUGACUUACAUUCAUGAAAAUUGGGACAGACUGCAAACUGGUGAGCUUACAGAUACCCUAAAAUCUGACCGAUACGACUAUGUUCUUGAAGCCCUGAAUGAGAACAAGUGCAUGUUUAUGUCUGGAAAAGAAAUCAAGAAGAAGAAACAUUUGUUUGGAUUGCGAAUUCGGGUUCCUCCCAUUCCUUCAAAUGGUGCAAUGAAGACCGAGGAAAGCACUGAGGAAGUUUCUCAUGAAUUUAAAAUUAAAGGGAGGAAAUCCAGUAAAUCUGCACCCUUACCUGCAGCUGCAAAAAGUCCAUUAAAUAAUGGCAUAGAGAAAAAAGGCAACAAAAAGUCUUCAGUUGAACCUUCUGAACAAUAUACAAAAUUGAAGAAAGUCAAGAGAUUUUCUAACCCAGCAACUGUGGAAAGUGAGAAAAGUAACCAAAGCCACUGUGAUUUUCAGGACCAAUCUGCAAUGUUGGAUUCACUUGCCUUGGAUCUUCCUGGUCCCAAAAGGAGACUUGUUGAGCAAACGGCACAGUCUUCUAAUACCUCUGAUGUAGAAUCCACUGGUGCAGCUAGUACCACAGAAACUACCUCAACUAGUCUGUCUAGACAGUCCGGUCUUUCUGGUCCAAGAAGGAGAACUCGCACUGGUAGAUCUUGGCCAUUGACUUUGCAACGCUUGAAAAAAAGACGUGGCCGCACUUCUGCAAGAACCUUUCAGACGCAGACGUCAGAAAGUGGGAAUGAUGCUGAUGAAAAGGAUGAUUGCCAGUAUGACGGACUUGAUACCGAAAUCAUUGAAGAUCGGGAUAUGCACCUGAAUCAUUUAAAGUCCUCAAUCACCAACUAUUUUGGUGCUGCUGGUAGACUUGCCUGCGGUGAAAAGUAUCGAAUCUUAGCUCGUCGUGUGACUCUGGAUGGCAAAGUUCAAUACCUGGUGGAAUGGGAAGGAAUAACUGCAUCUUGAUUCUUUCUAAUCAAGUUUGUUUCAUCUUGUGAACACUUGAACCUUUAAAGAUGAGUUUCAGAUAAACCAAAAGGUGAUUCUGAGUCUCUCCUUUGUAUUUCUAGUAAACUUUAUUCCUAUGCAACUGAGGUUUAACCCCUGGGAGUGGGUAAUUGAGUGUAAAUGUUAAUUAGCCAUAAUUUUCAAAAAUUUCAGGAACCAUUUGCAAUAUUUUAGUGACUUUUCCACUCAGGCUUGAUCUAAGAAUUUUGGUGCUACUGCUUACAACUGUGUACUUAAACUAUGCCUGCAGGGAUUAAUCUGUAGGUUUGUCUGUACCAAAAUGAAGUAAUGUAGCUUUUUAAUAUUGUCUGUAGUACUGUUAGAUGUUGGGAGAUUUUUUAAGUGUGUUGAAUUCACAGGGUGAACAGAGUAUUGCCUUUUGAUGUAGCAGUACUGUACCUGGCAACUUGCUGUAUCUUGAUGAUCACAUUGAUACCUCUGGAAUUUCUGAAAUGUUACCUUGGAUUGUUUUUAAACUGGCAAUUUUUUUAUGAUGCUAGUGUAAGCAAAUCCGUUAUUUCUAUUUGUUUUUAAGAUUUGAAAUGGGCAUGUUUAGCCAAAGAAUAAAAUAUUAAAUCUACAUGUUGAGCAGAAAUGA